CGAACACACCCCUGUCCUGGCAAACUCACCCACCACACCUUUUUGCAUUAACCAUCGUCAGCAUGGCCCAGCUGGAGGAGCUUGGCAAGCUGGUGGUUGAUCUGAGGAGGGACCUGCAGGCCAUCCAGGAGAACCUCCAGGCCAUGCCCACCAGCCCCUCGUCGAGCGAAAAGAGAGCAGGGGCCACGCAUGCCGUCACCGCGCAGUACCAUUUGCUGCAGGCGACGCUGGAGAGAGGUUGGUGGGGGAGAGGGAGACGGGGCGCUUGUUCUUGAGUGUUUUGUUUGUUCGUUGUGUCCACGAAUGGUUUCUUAUUGUGUUGUGUGGGUUUGCAGCUGAUGCGUCUCUGAAGCAGCGCGCUGAAAAGAUACUUCAGCUUGUGGUCAACAGGUGAGAAUCUGAUGCAAUCAUCCAUAAUGAUGAUUGCAUCCACGUCUGUGUGUCUUUCUUCUGUUGUCGCAGGGGCAAUCACGAGGUCUUCUAUCCGCCAAUCCCCGACCCCGUCGCACACCCCCGGCCACGACCAUUUCCCCCGGCAGCUGCAGCCCCCCACCCCGCCCUCCUCCAGUUCGCUGCAGCAGCGUCGCCUCUGGAAGUCUUCCCCUUCCCCUCUGUGCAGGAGAGCCACGCGGCUCUCAGCACCUUUAGCGACAUUGAAUCGUUGCCGCCUCAUUUGAGAAUUGGUCAGCACGAGUAUCCUUGACGGAUCGACCGCUGUGCAGAGAUCUGCUCGCUUCGUGUGUGGUGUGCAGCUCCGCUGAUGCAUCUGAAGGACACUCGGCUGACCACGCUGCCAGGGAGACACCCACCGCCCCCACCACAGGGGCAGCUGCCAGCCACUGGGCGACCAUCCAAGCUGAAACAGACCAAGCCGAAACGGUUCCUGCCGAAGACCAACAAGCUGGACCCUCUCGCAGACCCGCCGUCACUCACGGUGCGGUGAGAAAAAACGAAGCCGACCGCAUACGUGUUCAAGCGUUUCGUGUUGUCUUUCAGGAGAACGAUCUCCAGUGCGGUCUCCUGGAUUUGGCCGUCCGCGGCUUCCUCCCUCACAGCGCCGAUGUGACCCCUGCAAUGGAAAGGGGCCGCCCAGUCAUCCACACCAAACAGGCCACCCUCCACCCGCCAGACGACAAACGAGAGGAGAGGUACGAGCCCGCACCCCCACUACCGGCGCUCAACCUCCGUCUGGACCCUACUCCUGCGUGGCACGCGCCGGCGAGGCCGAGAGACGACACGGGCGAGGGCACCAGGGUAACACUGGCCUUGCCCGCCCCUCCUCAGGCUGCGCAGGAGGUGCCGAGCACGCAUCGGCUGCCGCCGACCUUCUUCACGUCGCUGCCUGAGCCGGCAACACCCGAGCCUGGCGAGAUGGAGGAGAGGGAGGAAGAGAGGGCGGCGCCGGCAGCUGUGGCUGCUCCGGUGAGACAGCUGCCGGCUCCACAUGCAGCAGCAGCCGAGGAGGGGCUACGCGCUUUGGCAGAGAUCGAGAUCGUCAUCAGGUGGGGAGAGGGAGACGGAUUGGAGGAGACAUGUGGUUGACGGAGGGUAUCUAUCUAUCUCGCGCCUUUUGUGGUCAGGAAUGGCCACGUGCAGCCUUCAGUCGAGUACCAGCUGUUCAAGAAGCACCACCACCGACACUGGGGCGCCAUCACACAGUACCUGCAGCGGCUGGAGACCAUGUUCUCUGCAAAAGAAGCACUGGUCAGCUGCAUGCUUGGCUCUGAAUGCACCAUUCCCUCAGUAGAAAUGUUCAGUGCUGCCUGUGGGUGGAUGGCUCAGGUGUGCAAGGUCCACGGCGGCCGUCUGGCCAGCCUCGCCUCUGACGAGUGUCAGGUGGCAUCCGACCUCCAGCUCAUGGGAUGUGUGGUCGCAUUCGAAGCCACACCUGACGCAGCAGGGGUGAAUAACCCACAAACCAAUGCCACCACGUCCACCCUUUUCUUUCUUUCUUAGGAGGGUGGCCCAGCGUCGUCUCUGCGUCGCAUCCGGCUGCAGACACGCGGGCAUCGGGCGGCCAUUUCUGCGGGCGGGAAGUCCUCGCUGGCGGGCGCCAUGCAUGGCACCGCCACAACCAUCAUCGGGUCGUGGUGGAAGAUGCGCAAGGAGAGGAGGAAGUUUAUCCAGCACAAGAAGAGGAUCAAGUGCGAAGCAGAGAGAUGCGGGGAACGGGUAGAUACGAGCCGUGUUUGUUUUCUUGUUGUUGUCAGAGCGACCAACUUCAUCCGUGAGCAGUGGGGCUUGUACCUCGCGGUCAAGCGCACCAGGAAGACCGUCUUUGCCAUGAUGCAGGAAAGGCAGGUACACACACACACACACACAGAAAGACACACAGGCACUGCACACUGGUCGGUGUUCAAACACCCGCCCCCUCACCUGUCAGCGUGAGUACAAGCGGCUGCUGUAUGAGUUUGGUGGCGACUGGCCAUCAAAGAAGUCUGGGAGGCGGCUGGAGGUGCACGUGCCGUCUGUCGCUGUGCCAGACAGCAGGAAGGAGACCUCUCAGUACUGGUGGGAGAGGCAGAAUGCGCAGCUUGGUAACGCACACCUAGACAGGGAGAGAGAGAGAAGGAGAGCCAUUGAUGCAUCAUCACCACCAGGUCGGCUCUUUCGCGUGUGGGAUCCCUCCAUCGAUGUGGUGUACGUGACCUGCGAGCACCCGCCCUCUGAGCUGCUCGAGUACUUCUACAAGAUCAUGACGCUCAGGGGGAUCGACAAUCCACAAGGCAAAAUACAGGUCGGCGAUCGCGAUCGCCUGUCUUGUCCUAUCAUUCAUCUGUCCAUUGCCCGUUCUGUCUGUCUGUGUGUCAGAUAGUGGUGGCAGAGGAGGCGGCCAACCUGCCCCGCGUCUCCCUCACAACCGCACUCCUCUGCUCGCCCAAGGCCAUCAGGCGCAUCAGGACGAUCGCCAAGGGCCGCUUCGGCUACAUAGUCCCGGGCCAUGUCAGCCCUCUGGAGGUGCAGCUGUCGUCGGCAUUGGGGCUGCCUCUGUUUGGCCCGCCGCCCACCAAGGUAGCGUCGCUGUCGACCAAGAGUGAGAUGCGGCGCGUCAUGCAGACGGCCCAGAUACCUUCUGGCCCUCACGCCACCAAUAUCAACCAGGCUGUAAGUGAGAGAGGGAGACAACUGUGUGCGUGUGUCUGUGUAUGGAUGGGUGGAUGGCGUCUCCCUCUUUGUGUAUCUGCGCCGUGUUCAGGAUAAGUUCUACGAGUCUCUGUCCGUGUUGAUAAUGGAGCAUCCUGAGAUUCCCAUGUGGGUCUUCAAGAUCGACGACGAGACCUCAGCCAGGGGAACUGCACUCAUCGACAUGAGGUCGGUAGGCCAGCAUCACCAUUCCUCCGACCACACAUGGUGUCGUGUGUCCAGUGCUCUGGGCAUUAUCGGCCAUCUGAAGAAGAUGAUGCAGGAGGGUGGUGGCGGUGCGAGGGAGGAAGGGCAGCAGCAGGGUGGACAGGGUGGGGCUGGGGACGAGAAAGAGCCAUGGAGCCGGCAGAAGACCAUCAACAUGGUCGCCAAAGUCCUCGUCAAAUACGUACCCAAGAAGGUGACUUUGGUGGGCGACAGCAGAGACUCAGAGUCACCACAUGCAUCUGUCUGCAGGUCCAGCUCUGUGACCCUAAGGCGUAUCCCACAUGGACGCACUACUUCACCGAGUACCUGCGUGUGGGCGGUGUGAUUGAGGGCUGUCCGCCCGGCGUCAUCGGCCGCCCCUCUGUGCAUCUCCGUGUUGACCCCGACGGCUCAUCAAGGGUGCUCGCAACCACCGAAUCUGUCCAAUCCAAGUAUGUGGACAAGUGAUGGAUGGACGCAGCCAGAGUCCUCUCAGUCACAAGGCCACGAUCACUUUCCUCGUGUUUUCUCUCAGGCCUUUGAUCCAUGCCUUCUCAGUCGCCCCGCAGACCUGCGCUUCGUAUCAGCCUCUCGUAAGUGCGUCUCAUCGCUACACACUGGUGUGUAUUCACAUUGCCCUUCCCCUGUCUCUCUCCAGGCAGACGCAGCCUCUUUGCUGGGCCGCGCCCUGGCGGCUCGCAGCAUCAUCGGCUUUAUCACGAUCGACUUUGUGGUCUUCGAGACACAAAGACCACCGGAAGGCUCGCCAGCCGCCGACAUGAUGCGCCCGUCUCCCUCCCCUUCCCCCUCCUCCCCUCCCCCAGACAGCCUCCCGCCCUCAUCUACCGGCCAGGCGGGCACCCUUGCACCUGGGGAAGAGCCCAUCUCAUUCGCGGGAUUGAAGUCGCCUUCUCCCGAUGUGCCAUCCGAAAUGAGCGUCGUGAGCCGGGAGAUGUCGCCUGUGAGGCAAGAGGGUGGCGGUCUUGGUGGUGGUGGUGGUGGUGGUGAGAGCCUGGGUAGCCUGGGUAGCGUGGGUGUGGGUGAGGGUGAGGGGGGCCUGCUGGCGUGGGUUGUGGAUAUUGAUGUGCGCAUGACGGAUGACUGUGCUAUGCUCUUCUUCGGACAGGCAAUCUCACAGGUGGGUCUGGGGAAGCGCACAGGACAACAGGGGAUCAUUCUGCUGCAUGUGUGGGUGCAUUCAGGCCCUAUACAACCCCAACACGGGGGUGUUUGAUAACCUCAAUGUGGUUCAGCCGUCAGCCGAGGUCGACAGCUCUGUAAACGACUCGAUGCAGCCCGGCGACUCGGCAUUGCAAUCGCAGCCGAGCGCCAGCACCACUGUCUCGUUUGUGCUAGCCCACUGUGUGGAGAGCCCGCCUCUCUGCCGGCUGAGCCUUCGGCAGCUCUUCCAGGUGUCCAAGGCCAAGGGUUUCUCCUACGACCUGAUGCACAACCACGGCGUCACAUUCACAUACGCACAGGGAUACCAGGUCAGUCUCCCUCUCUGUCCCUCCCCACCAUACAUACGGUGAGACACACCUCUCCUUUUUGCAGUCGCUGUUGUCAUUUCUCCUCAUCGCCCCCUCACCGCCGCAAUGUCUCCAGCGGCUCAUGUCGUUCGUGCCCUUCCUCGCGGACCCGCAGGACGCCAUGGCGCGGAGAGGUGGGGGCGGGAGUCUAGCUGCACAUGAGGAGGGGGGCGUGGGUGAGGGUGGAAAGCGGGCAGUGACGAUUGGCGAGCUGCAGAGGGCUCUUCGGCACCUGGGCAGAGACGAGGUGAUUGGUGGACGGUUAUUGGGGGAGAGGGGCAUGGAUGAGCCAAACAAGGAGGGCAUAUGAUCGAUAUGGGGGAACUUUGUGUCUGCACUCUCUCUGUUUGUGUGACGCGUUUUGUUGAUGAGAUUCGCU